AUGGAGUGCAUGGAUGACCACCUGGCUGUAGAAAGAUGGCGAGAAAAUGCUGAAAAGGCUCGAUCUAAUAGAAAUACUGAGCCAGGUGGCCCGAGCACUGGAAUCGCUCAACAUACGUCAGGAUCGAAGUAUAUUGUUAAGCAUGCUAUGGAUUUGGAACAUGAUCUUGCUCGGCAGCCCACAUGCAUGGAGGUAUUUCUGAAGACCCAUAAGAAGAAAGAUGAGUCAUUUGUCGAUUCUCGAUCUCUGGCCCUACACGAACAAAUGACAGAAAGAGUGGCUCAGGCCUCUCAGCCACCAUCAGAGGGGGAGGAGUCACAGUCUCUAUCCACCGACACGCUAAAUAAGAUAUAUUAUGAUGUUGUCGGUGGAAGGACAAAAAAGUCCACCCUCUACGACCUUGGCUCUCGGGCCAAAGUGGCAUUUGAUCGGUUGAGGACUCCGAGGGACCGUGCUAGUUCCUCUUCUUCUAGUGAGGUGCGGUCAUUAAGACGCAAAAAUGAAGAACUGCGCACUCAACUAAAGUCAAUGGAUGAGAGGAUGGCUUCUAUGGAUCAGUGGAGGGCCGAGCAGGAUACUCUAUUUACCAGUAUGCGACAGAUCGUGACAAAUUUCGCUUACACCCAGACGCCACAUGGUCCUGAGUCACAGGAGACUCAAGACCCAUCAGAUCGUGGUGAUUAG